CACCCAUCCCCGUCUCUACUGUCCACGUUCCAAGCAUAUUCACUCGGAUACCAAGAUUCUACAUGUUCUUCGUCCAUCGCGUCAAGGUGCCUGGCACGAGCUCGCUCCUCCAGGCGCGGCGCGGCGCUGCCUCCGUGAACGGACUUCCAUCCAUCUCUGCGACGAGCACUCCACACGUCCCGAUUUCCCCAACAGUCAUCGAGACCAGCACGCCACGUACGACGGUUCCCACAGUCGCCGACACGACAAGCCGCCUAUCGACCGCACCACUCGACAAACCUCCGUCCCACUUGAGUCGAGCGGCCUCCCUCGAUGUGUCCCCAUACUUGCAUGACGACGACGUACCAGACGACAACGUGAGCAACUUGCCCGAGCGUCUGUCGGUAGGUGGUCAUCCGUACGUCGUGUCGAUUCGUCACAUGAUGGAUCAGGCGUUCACGACGACGUCGUCGUGGGAUUCCUCCGCGAGCGACGCGGCUGCGGGGGACGUGGAGAUCUUUCGUGCGCGGGAUUCGUACUCGGCCGAAAGCCGCCUUUCGGACCUCGUCAAGCUCGAACAAAUCCUCGUUUCCCCACCUCGCGUUCGAGCUCGUACGCUGUCGUGGAGUCCCCAGGCGACAUUGGCCGAGACGUCGAAUUCGGUGGCGUCCAACAUCCUGCGACGGCAGCGUUCCGAACUGUCUGGCAGCGAGCAACAACUCGUGGAAGUCUUGGAUGACUUUCUAGACUGCAUGAAGCGCAUCUACGACGACCGAUGCUUGAAGGUGAUGCCGAGGCGCCGCGUGGAAGCCGACUUGGAAGGGAUGCUCGACGCGAUUGAGACCGUGCGGCGGCACUCAGACGCACCAACGCUUGAAGCGGCCGACGAGAUGGUGCGCAUGAUCCACCAUGUCAUGGAAGACGUCCAUGGGCUCCACCAUUUCGGCCAAAAAGGAGAAGUGGAAUAUGUUAAGUUAUAACUGUGUGCCAUGCACUACGUACUACCGCGCGGAAGUGAUGACGACUUAAAUUAGAGACGCGCGUAGUGGACUUCGCCGCGCUUGCCGUAGUGCUGCAGACCGAGGAUGUCGACCCAUGUGUCGUCGAUCAUGUCGAGGAGGAGAUCCAAGACUUCGAGAGGAACAUCGAGAAGUGUUCGCUUCAUGAGUUCGACGGACGUGGCGGCAUGAACGAGGUCGAGGAGGAGGAAGGACGGGCGCACGUGGACGAGGCAUCGGUCGACGUACACCCGAUGAUGAAGUUCCUGGAGGGAGUCGAAGAUCUGAUGGAGGUGAAGUGGGCAUGCAUGGGCUUGAAGAACAGAAGCGCGGAACAUCGCGACGUCGCUUUGCCUUCGAUGGAGAGGGUAGUGAUCUUGUUCGCAGUGAAUUUCAACGUCAUCGCCUUCAUCGACACAGGAAUCGUCUUCGGACUCGUCUUCCCACGAUAAACACGAUGAUCUGUCCGUGGAAAUCUAGUCGGGACAGUCAAGGCCGCGAUGUCCACUCAUCAUGACGACGUACCGAGGAUCGAUCGUCAAAGUAUGGGGCAAGCACUUCAAGGACGGCGUCGCUGCAGGAACGUUCUCGUCGCAUGGUAGUUCUGUCGGACGUCGCUGAAACUUUCCACGCCUUGUCGUCGAUGUGGCAUGCUUCGAUGGAUGACGCUGCAAGCGCCGCAGGCAUGCAUCCCAUACGCCAACGAGUUUGGAGGAAUGAUUGCUCGCCCGGCCGCCAUUACCAUCGUGGUCG